UUCCUACACACCAUCUCUUCUCAACUUCGAAAGAAUCAUUCCCAAACUUGGAAAACGCAAAAGACAGUCCUAACGAUGGCGGCUGACCCCAAAACAAGGACGCUCGUCGCCGCGCGCAGCCUUGAGCUGAUCGCGACGCAUGAAUUCCUCGGGGAGAUGCCAAACCCUCCUCCUCCGCUGCCGUUGCAGAAUCCCACCUCAAGCAUCAUCGCAUUGUUCCACUCCAUCCUAACGACCCAGCUAUCCCUGUGCUCGGAUUGCUCCUUUAGAGCUUCGACCUCACCCAACGCUCAGUGUUUCCAUCCUCGCCAAGAGCUCCGGUGCCUGAUCACGCUCUUCUAUUGGUUUCGAGUUGCAGAGUCUUGCUUGGUGGAUCUGGUGUGUAAGCGGGAGCGCUCAGAGCUCAUUCUCCAGCUUCCCGCAGUCAUGGCAUUCGCCGAGAAGUGCACCCCAAUGGUGCCCGCAUUUCUCUACUCGACCGUGGCUCGCAGGACUGGCAUUUCUGCUCUCCCUUCGCUGUUCCAGACCAUGACCACGGAGGCCAGCAGCAAUGUGGCCCCGGCGUACACCUCCUCCAGCUUGUUCAAGCAGGUGGCCAGCGCCGCGAAGACCUCCACCGGGGUGGCGUCGUCGGUGAUGGUGCCCUCCCCCAGUGAGCCGGGCAAGAUUGUGAUGUUCUCGGGCGAGUACUACCGCGCGUGCGCCGUGGGAGGGAUGAUGUGCUGCGGGCUGACGCACAUGGGGGUGACGCCCAUCGACGUGGUGAAGUGCAACAUGCAGAUCGCGCCCGAGAAGUACAAGUCGAUCUCGAGCGGGUUUUCGUUGCUGGUGAAGGAGCAAGGCGCCGUGGGGCUGGUCCGCGGAUGGGUGCCGACUCUGAUGGGAUACAGCGUGCAGGGCGCUUGCAAGUACGGGUUCUACGAGUACUUCAAGAAGACGUAUUCGGACAUGGCCGGGGCCGAGGACGCCAAGAGGUUCAAGACGUUGAUCUACUUGGGGGCGUCGGCGUCAGCGGAGGUGAUCGCCGACGUCGGGCUGUGCCCAUUCGAGGCCGUGAAGGUGAGAGUGCAGACGAAUCCGGGAUUCGCGAAGGGCAUCAUGGACGGGAUGCCGAAGCUGAUUGCGUCGGACGGCGUGGGCGGGCUGUUCAAGGGGUUGGUGCCACUGUGGUGCCGGCAGAUCCCGUACACGAUGAUGAAGUUCGCGACAUUCGAGAGCACGGUGGAGGCAAUCUACAAGUACGCGGUGCCGGUGCCUAAGAGCGAGGUGUCAUCGGGCACCCAGUUGGGCAUCUCGUUCACUGCCGGGUACAUUGCGGGAGUGGCGUGCGCCGUGAUCUCGCACCCCGCGGACAACUUGGUGUCGUUCUUGAACAAGUCGAAGGAAGCAACGGUGUCGGGGGCGGUGAAGCAGAUGGGGGUGAAGGCGUUAUUCACUCGCGGGCUGCCGCUGCGUAUCAUCAUGAUCGGUACGUUGACGGGAGCGCAGUGGGGAAUUUACGACUCGUUCAAGGUGUUCGUGGGUCUGCCGACGACGGGCGGUGUGGUGGAGGAGCCCAGGAAGUUAGCGUAGGGGGUAGUAGCGUAGAGCUGGAGGCAUCGUGAGGAGCAAGCACAAGACGGUGAGGACUGGAAGGCGUUUUUCUUGAGCAGCCAGGGGACAGAAAGGAAGCAUAGAAGGAUGCGAGUCAUUCGGGGCACCUUGCGGGAGCAACGAGAGGGGCGCGUGGGAUAUGUUUGUGAUAUCCUGUGGCGUGAGGCGAAUGUUUGGGUAGGCAAGAUCGAAUAGGUCAGGAGUAGAUUCAGGAAGAGCGAAGGUUAUGGCAAGUCCCCUUGCACUUGUGGGAGCUAGCAUCGGCGAGCAGAGGUAAUAGGGUUGAGAACAGAUCCGACGAGAUGGUACAUUCAAUUGAGGACAUAUGACACGCUGGUGUUGUCGCUUUGGUGACGAUGGUAUUAUUUUUGAGGUGAGAUGAGAGAUAAAUCAGAAGUCGACGAAGCGCAGGCUGAACAUGCGCUGACAUCACGGGUCGGCAGUUUAGUAGAAGGCUACACGAAAUUGCGUACUUGGGUGAUGCUUGAAUGUCAACUUUACUGAGAGGGCUUUGAUUUGGCUGGGUAAUGUUGUGAUGGGUGCAAAGCGUUGUGAACAGUGAAGUUCUUGUCAUGAACCGAUUAUUUUACAGUGGGCUUGUGUGCUUGAAGUGCACUUGUGUCUGGCCCACUGACAUUGCUGUGUGCUUUUGCCAUCCA